AUGGACUGUGCGAAUCUUUUUGAUGGCUCGGGCAGCAACGAGUACGGGCAUGAUCAUCGUAAGUCCAGAAUUUGCGCAGGCACUGCUAUCUGGCAUAAUGCCUUGAAAAACAUUUCGAAUACUACCACAAAUUGGAAGGUUCAUAACAUCAUCAUCAUCAUCAUCAUCAUCAUCAUCAUCAUCAUCAUCAUCAUCAUCAUCAUCAUCAUCAUCAUCAUCAUCAUCAUCAUCAUCAUCAAUGGUCGUUGGUGCUUCAAGAUCAUCAACCGGACGCAACUCGUGCGUGUCACCCAAAGCACAGAAUGA